UCGCUACCGUCAAAUCCGACUGUUGCAAAGGGGAAAAAAACACCAAGAGCUGGUCAGAUCUGAUUGAAAUAUGCUCUCUUCCAAGUUUCUACUCUCCAAUCCAUCUUCACAUUCCAUGGGUAUCUGUGAAUCGAUUCUUGAACCUCAUCCAGUACUCUUAGAAGUAUCUAUCUACCUACACUUCCAAUGAUCAAUUAUCAAUUAAUUCUCUCGUGCUCAAACUCUGCUGUUCACCUGCUCUCUUCAUUAACAUAACGAGGUUGAACUGACAAAGCUUCAAUAACUCGUUCUACUCAAUUUUCUAUUUCACAUUUGAGGAGAAACUAAACUAAACUAAACUAAAUUUCAUCUGAGUGAGGUUUCAAAAGUACUGAAAAUUCAUUGCAGAACAAUGGUUGUUGUCCGGCAUUUGUAGUAGGAAACCUGGAGAAGUAAAACCCCAACUGAAGAUAUUCUGGUUGAGAGACCAGAAGCUUCGAUUUGACAGGGAAAUGCCUAACUGAGGCGGCGAGCGAAGAUGUUCAAGUCUGCGAGAUGGAGGAGCGAGAAGAACAAGAUCAGAGCUGUAUUCAAACUCCAGUUUCAGGCGACUCAGGUUCCUCAGUUGGGAUGGGAAACUUUGAUGGUAUCAUUGGUACCUGUGGACGUUGGGAAACCGACAGUGAGGCUGGAGAAGGUGGCAAUUAAGGACGGAACCUGUCGCUGGGAAAAUCCAAUCUAUGAAACAACAAAAUUUGUUCAGGACCCAAAAUCAGGAAAACUUAGCGAGAAAAUUUACCAGUUUCUUGUUACAAAUGGGUCAUCAAAAGCUGGUCUUCUGGGGGAAGUCUCCCUCGAUUUUGCAGAGUACGCAGAAGCAAUCAAACCUUCAUCUGUUUCCUUGCCCCUUAAAACUUCGAACACUGGCGCAGUUCUGCAUGUUACAAUUCAAAGAAUGCAUGGAACAAGUGAUCAAAGAGAGGUUGAAGAAAAUGGAGAUGUGGUCCAAGACAGGAGCUUAAGAAGCCAGAUAAUGAAUGGUGAUACUGAUGAAUGCAGAAUAAAUAAUUCCACUGAAGAUGGGCCUUUCAGUAAGACCACAUCCCAGAAUACAGAAUCCAAGGGAAAUAUCAGGGCAAUUUUGAGCUCUGAUGCCACGUCAGGGUCAGGUUCAGAGAGCAGCUCUGGACGAAAUACCCCACGAGAACUAGGGUUGAGGAAUAACAACGGCCAUCAGGAUCCUACCAGCAUGCUGUCAUCUCUCAGCCACAGCUCUGAGCCUCAGAAGCCAAUAUUAAAUGCUGACAACCAAGAGCACCGAAGGUCAAACACAGAGUGGUCAGUGUGUUCUGCUCCGGAUGGAAGUUUAGAUGGCUCAACAAGUUCCGAAGACAUCCUUUUGAAAGAAGGAUCAUCACAGGGAUCAGAUAUCUCCAUUGAAAAGCUCAAAGGUGAACUGGUAGUUUUGGCAAGGCAGGCAGAACUUUCAGAGCUGGAAUUACAGACUCUCAGAAAGCAGAUUGUGAAGGAGAGCAAAAGGGGGCAGGAACUCUCGCGAGAAGUUGUUAGCCUCAAAGAGGAGAGGGAAGAACUUAGAAGAGAAUGUGAGCAACUCAAUUCCUCAAAGAAACGUUUUGAAACAGCGAAAGCUUCAAGCAGAUUGCAGUUUGACAGUGAGGACCCAAGGGCUCUUCUGGAAGAGAUCAGACAAGAGCUGAAUUAUGAGAAAGACCUGAAUGCGAAUCUUCGUUUGCAACUACAAAAGACACAAGAGUCUAACUCUGAGUUGCUUCUUGCUGUGCGAGACCUAGAUGAGAUGUUAGAGCAGAAAAAUAUGGAAAUAUCCCAUCUUCCUAACAAGGUGGCAACCAGUGAGAAAGAAGAAAAGUUGCAAGAAAUCUCCAGAAAGGAAAUGGAUGAGGAUGAAGAUCAACGGGAACUGGAAAUACUAGUUAGAGAGCAUGAUAAUGUCAAGGAAGCAUAUUUGCUUGAGCAAAAGAUUAUAGACCUGUACAGUGACAUAGAGGUCUACAGGAGAGAUAGAGAUGAGCUAGAGAUGCAAAUGGAACAACUUGCCCUGGAUUAUGAGAUUUUGAAACAAGAAAACCAUGAUAUCUUUUCAAAGCUAGAGCAAAGUCAACUGCAAGAACAAUUGAAGAUGCAAUAUGAUUGCCCAGCCUCUUUCAUCACUAUGAAUGAACUUGAAUCCCAGGUUGAAAAUUUGGAGAAAGAACUCAAGAUGCAGACACAAGAAUUUUCAACUUGUCUGGCUACCAUAAAUGAACUGGAAUCCCAGAUCAAGACACUGGAGGAAGAACUUGAGAAGCAGGCGGAAGGAUUUGAAGCUGAUCUGGAAUCCGUGACACGUGCCAAAGUUGAGCAGGAACAAAGGGCCAUCCGAGCAGAGGAAGCUUUAAGGAAGACAAGAUGGAAUAAUGCUAACACAGCAGAGCGGCUUCAAGAAGAAUUUAGACGGCUAUCCAUACAAAUGGCAUCUACAUUUGAUGCAAAUGAGAAGCUGGCAAUGAAAGCUCUGAAAGAAGCUAGUGAACUGCGUCUGCAGAAAGAAAAUCUGAAAGAAAUGCUUGACAACGCUAAUGAAGAGCUAGGAUUGGUUAAAGAUGAAUCUGAAGCAAAACUGGUACAGCUUUCAAAACAAGUGGAUGUGAAGACAGAAGAAGCAGACCAGAUGCAGUUGCAACUAGAAUAUACAUCCACAAAGCUUGAACAUCAAAAGAAGCACGAGGAAGAAAGAUCCAAUGCUUUCACGAGGGAAAUCACAAAUCUCAGAACUGAGAUAGAGAGGCUGACGAGAGAGCACAAUACCCUCACAAAACAGGCAGAGCAUCUAGAAGAAUUGAGAGCUGAGAUGGAACAAAUGAAGACAUCAAUCAACAAAGCAGAGAUGUUAGUACAAAAAGGAAAUGUGGAAAGAGACGAACUGCAGAGGAGACUAGCUUCAUUGACAAAGGAAGCAGAGAAAACACUGGAAGAGUUGGAUAAUAUGAAGUGUCUCAAAGACGAAAAAGAGAAAAUGGUCAGAUUUCUACAAUCAGAAGUAGAGAACCUUAGAGCUCAGUAUAAUGACUUGAAACAUACCUUGUCUGAGGAGGAGCUAGAGAAAGAGAACCUUAGGAAACAGAUAUUUCAUUUAAGGGCUGAUCUAAGGAAGGAGGAGGAUGCCGUUACUGUUAUCGAAAAGAAGCUCAAAGAAAACAGUGGACGAGUUCUGCCAUCAGAUGGACCCAAACCGACUUCAAGGAACAAUAAAUCAGCUCCCAUUUCCCGUGGAUCUAAGGAGGUUGCUAAUUUGCGUGAGAAAAUCAAAUUACUCGAGGGACAGAUAAAGCAAAAAGAAGCUGCUUUAGAAAAGUCGACCAAUUCAUUUUUAGAGAGGGACAAGGAUCUGUGUAACAAAAUUGAAGAACUAGAAAGCAGGAUGGAAGAGCUCAGCCAGCACGGUACAGGUUUCUGUGAAGAACAAUACCAAAAGGAAGCCAAAGAUGCCGAGAAGACAAAUGCAAAUGCUAGUAAGUCUGAAGGAGGAACAGGCUUGGCAGAAAAUUUGUUGAACGCCAAUAUGAGCGCUAAUGUGUACAUGUCUGACCAAAAUGGCUCUGAAAAACCUUUCAUCAGCAACAACAGAACUUCAUCAGAGAAAGAACUGCAAGUUGCCCCUACCCAUAAUAGGGAUCAAGAGAAGCUUGCUGAAUUGAUAAGUGAAAUGGCAUUACUGAAGGAGAGGAACCAAUCUAUGGAAGGGGAGCUGAAAGAAAUGCAGGAAAGAUACUCAGAGAUAAGUCUUAAGUUUGCUGAGGUGGAGGGUGAAAGGCAACAGCUUGUAAUGACAGUACGCAACCUUAAGAAUGCUAAGAAGAACUAAUUAGCAUUCAAUAAAUUGGAUUAUGUAUAGGUGAAGAGCUAGGUUUUCAAAGUGAAAGAUCAAGCUUCACAAUGCCAUCCAACGGCUAUCAGAAAGAAAAAAAAAUUUACAUGUAUAUUCAUUAAUAUGUAUCUACAUUCUUUCUUUGUGAGUAUUCUGUUCAAGUCCCCCCUUUGUGCAAAGCUCCAAACUAUGAAGCAGUUUUCUAGGGUAGUUAAAUGUGCUCAGGUGGCAGAUCCAGUUUCAGAAAUGCCAUUGGAGUUUUUCAUGUAACAUGUGUUCUCAUUCAUAAAUUAUUGUCACCAUGAGAGUAUUCUUGUCA